CUAUCCAUCUAAUUGGCUAGGUGAGUCCUUAAAAGGGUAGAACCUGCAUCAAAUUUGUUCACACCAAUUCUUAGGACUAAGGAGGAGAAAAAUUAUGCCUGAGAUGGAUAAAAAAUCCUCAGUUUCAAUAACAUGUAUUUUCCUUUUGAGGGUGUUGACCUUUAUUUUCCUUCUCAUUGCUCUCAUAGUCACUGCCACAAACAAGCUUACUCAAGUCACGAUUAAUGGCCCUCGUGAAGUCAAGUUCAAAGAUUUCGGUGGUUAUCGAUACAUGGUGUCCACAACAGCUGUUGGGUUUGUUUAUAACCUCCUCCAAAUGACACUCUCAAUCUGCACUCUGGUCUCAGGAAACCGUCCAUUCGGCAAUGUUAGCUAUAUAUUCGAUUUCUUUGGUGACAAGAUUAUAUCAUACCUUCUACUUUCCGGUUCAGCGGCAGGAUUCAGUUACUUUGGAGAUCUGAACACAGCCCUCAUCAAAUCUACACAAAAUCCUUUCAAUUCCUUUGUUAAAAAGGCAAUCGCUUCAGCUAGCCUUGUGCUCAUUGGAUUUUUGUGUACUGCCAUAACAUCAAUUUUCAGCUCGUUUGCCUUGCCAAAGAAAGUUUAAUUUGAUGCAGAAAAUGAUGUCCUGGUAGAAAGCUAAUGGCGAGGCAAGCUCCAAUAAUUUCAAUUAUGAUCCAGGAACAUGCUCAUGGUUUUCUUUAUUAUCAUUAAUUAGAAGUUAUUAUUUCUUAUAUAGUUAAUGUGUUUCUAGAAUAUUCCUAAAAGUGAUGAGAUGAUUCCACUUUUAUGACUCUGCUUAUCUUAAAGGUUAAAACCUUAACUAUAAAUUAGUGCACUGUUUUCUCAAUAAUGUCUACCCAUAAAAUUGGGGA